UAUAUAUAAGCAAGAAGUAAAGAAUACUCCCAUUCAAAAGAUAUCAUGUUGGUUUUGUUUCCAUUUUUUUAUUAUUAUUAUUUUUUUUGUGUGUACUUUUUUCUGCUGUUUUGUUCGCUAAUUUCAGCAAAACCAAUUUUCUCACUACCACAAGUGUUUCAUUGUGUUUGUAUUUCUUUAUCGUUUUUUUUUUCUCUUCUUCGUUACUUAACUUAAAUAUACGUUCAUUUGCCCGCUCUGAAGUGUACGGAAAAAAACUUACUGCGACAAAGACACAAACUACGGAUUUUUUUUUUCUCGUGAUGGUGGAAACGAUUUACGCGUACUAUACAGUCACACAGUUUUUUUAUAAAUGACGACGAAUCACAAUUAGCAUUGACGCACUACCUUCAGACGAAGUGAAUUCGCCGCAUUCGCCACAUUUCUUAUAAUACGAGCAUAAACGCCAUCUGAAGCCUUAUUUAUUUAGUCUAGAGACAUACUUUCUUUCUGAGAAAAACACGCACACACAGCAAAUUGGAAUAGCGAAAUCGAAUUACAUAUUUUUUGAAAGUGACAGUUUUUCCCAUUUGAAAUAGCAUUUACGAACACAAUUUAGAAUACGUUGCGUGCAACAUUGGUCCAGAGUAAAACGUGCAUCGAAAACAAUUGUGUUGUUUUUGCUUCGCUUGUCAAACUGCUGCAGGAAAAAAAUGAGCAGCAAAGUUUUGGUUAUCGGUGCGGGCCGAAUAGGCGCUGAGGCAUUGGAAUACAUUGCAGCCUGUGGAUUUGAUGACAUUCAAAUUAUUGAUAUGGAAUCGAAAGACGUGAAACACUUGGGUGAACAGUUUGUUGAGAUGCCUUAUUCCGUUGGAAAGCCAAGGGCUGAAUUGAUUCGAGAAUCCAUUCCAAAUAUUCAACUUAAAGUCACAAACUAUGGCUAUAGCUUUUUUCAACAAUUUCAUUUGAUAUUGAACGCAUUGGACAAUCGCUUGGACCGUGAUCAUGUGAGUGCCAUGUGUGAAUGUGCAAAUGUUCCUGUUAUCGAUUGCUACGAAUGUGCUGCACAAGAACCAAUUCCAAGUGAAACCAUCCAAAAUACACCACCAAAUUCAACAGAUUGCUUGGCUUGGUCAAUACAUGUAUUUCAUCAAAUAUUCGGCCGAGAAGUAAUUGAUAAAAUUCGUCUAGUACAAAUGGAUGGCUCGAAAGUACUAAGCUCAUUGCUUAAGGUGCUAAGUCAAACGGCAAAUUCAUGCGAUGAAAAAAUUCGCCAGUUGGUGGAAACUUCAAACUGCAAUGCUCAACUACUAUUCAAACAUUUAUUUGGUGAGGACAUUAAAGAUACGUCUGAUUCACUUGAAACAAAUUUAACGGGAAUUGAUCGUGAGUACAAAGCGUGGUCGCAACAUGAAUGCCAACGUGUUUUUCUAACAAGUUUGAUUGAACUACAAAAAGAAAUGGCCAAACAAGUUCAAAUGGAUCCCAUUCGCUUGGAAAGUGCAGCUGUUGACUUUGUAACUGCCGCAACCAAUUUACGGGCAACGGUUCACGGCAUCCCCCGGAAAAGUCGGUUGGAAAUCAAAUUUGUUCUCACUUUGACAUUGGACGAGCCGGGUCUGUUCGAUAUGCCAAACGAGGUGUUGAAUUGUAUUUUUGAUUGCUUCAACGAUGAGACACUAUUGGCUGCAUCACGUACGUGCAAACGAUUUCAAUCUAUUGCUGCUAAGACAUUCGAACGAAAAUACGCCAACCAACCAUAUAAAGUGAGAAAUUUGGAGAUCAUCAAUUAUCAACAGAUGCAUCGAGCCGUUCUAAUUAAUUUCGGCGCAACAUUCACGGACAUCGAAGUUGCCGAUGCUGAUCUGACCGAUGAACAUCGUUGGUUGAUUGAAGUGCUGAAGGAAAAUGUCGCAACUUUGAAAAAAGUGAAAUUUGCGACCGAAUGGGAAGCAGCUGAUAUUAAUCUGGGGGAGGUGUUUUUAUUUUUUCCAAAUUUAACUCAUCUGAGCUUGGAUGGAUAUGCCAUUGAGGAUGAUAAUUGGUCACACAUUCAUAUGCCGUAUUUGAAACAUCUUGCGUUUUACAGUAUGGAUUAUGUGGAGGAGGAAUGUUUUGAUCGAUUUUUCGACAAUAAUCGACAAAUCGAAAGCCUCGUCUAUCAAGACACCACGAAUAAUUUCUUGGAAUCAAUAAAUAAUCGAUUGAAUCAACUAAAAAUGUUACAGGUUCCCGAGUUCUUCUUUGAACCAACACCGAUUCAUUUGAAAUCGCUGGAAAAGUUGAAGUUGACAGAGAACUCGGAAGAGAUGUGCAUCUUGGAUGCUUUUAGCAAUGGCUGUAAAAAUAUCAAAGAGCUGUCAGUGGUAUUUGUCGAAGGUGUAGAAUUGGAUGAAAAAUACAUAUCAACAAUUGCUUCAUUUGAAAAAAUCGAAUCGCUCGAGAUAGAAGACACUGAAAUCACAAUCGAUGAGAUAAAAUUAAUUGAACGGCAAAUUCCACACCUCAAAUCCUUCAGUGUGAUAACCGAAAUCGAAACAGAAGAUGAUGAUGAUGAUGAUCAUCAAUUGAUCGUAGAUGAGAUUCUUUCUAUGGUGUCGAGCACGAAAAUUUUAACGAAACUCGAGCUCGCAAUCGACUUGAAAUGCCCGAAACGAUUUGAUGCUGAUUUCCAUGCCAGGUUUUUGGAAGCCAUUGGUGUUCAUCGGCCCGAUUUCAUGUUGCUUCUCGAGUUGGAGGGUCAGAGACAUCAUUCAAUUAAUUUGAUGGUGACGAAAAACUGUAUAACCAGCGCCACUUGCGAUACAGCGCCUGUCAUCGUUCAUGUAGUCGACUCAAGUUCACCAAUAAACACCAACAGUUAAUACAAUUGAAACGAAAUGUUUACGAGAUAAUCCAAUGGUUAACCACUUUCAAAAUAAUAUUCACACUUUUUCGAAUUCAAAUGGCAUGGAAUUGUUGGAAAUGUCAAAAUGUGAAACUUAUUCAAAAAUUUAUAAUUAAUUUGCCAAACAAACAGAGAGAUAAUAAACCCAUUUUAUAUAUGUAUAA